AAAGGGCCCGCGCGUUGCAGCUGCGAACCCAUAAAAACCCUAUCUUCCUCCUCUGCAGUGAUAUUGCAGUUGGUGCCAUCCUGGUUUUAACGGCGUCUUUUAAUUUCUGAUUUUAACCCGCUCUUAUUUUUAUUAUCAUAGUAGUUCUCCUUCGACUUGAAAUGCCUACCAAGACCUCAUUGCAUCUACCAGAGGAUGUCAGGGAACGGCUACAGGUAUUGGAUAAAGAUGGGGAUAAUUUGUCAGAUGAGGAGUGUGUUAAAGAGAAGCUCAGGUUAUUGCAGGAGUUUCUGCUCACUGACACUCAGGACCAACUGAAAACCCUUGAGUCUCAGCUGAAGAGCAAGGAGCUGUCUGUUGAGGGCUACAUUUCUGCUGUUAAAGCAGUGUUGAAGCAGGUGGAGUGUUUGGACAAUGGAGGUCAGGGAGAUGGUGUGGAGACGAAUGGCCAGACCAAUGGCUUCGCUGAGAAUGGCAACGGCAACCACAAAAACAACGCGGAAGUAGAGGCUUCCAUGGACACUCAGGAGGAGGGAGACUCCAUGAAGUCUCCAAGUGCUCCCAAGGGCAGAGGCCGUCGGAGCAAGUCUGACUGUGAACCCAAGAAAUCUCCAGCUGGGUCAAGAGUCACCCGAAACUCUGGAAAGCAGCCAACCAUCUUAUCGAUGUUCUCAAGAGUACCAAAGCGGAAAUCUGAUGAGAUGGAGAAUGGUGAUUCUACAAAUGACACUGCAGAGAAGAGUCCGGAAGGUGACUCUGAAGAGGUCCAUGAAGAGAAGCGCCUUAAAUUGGAAACUGAUGAAAAGCCAGUCACAAGGGAGUCCACCACUGAGAACAAACCUGUGGCUCCAGCCAAGACGCCACCACCUAAGUGUCCUGACUGCAGGCAGUACCUGGAUGAUGCCGACCUCAAGUUUUUCCAGGGAGACCCUGAUGAUGCUCUGGAUGAACCGGAGAUGCUUACAGAUGAGCGCCUCUCCCUCUUCGACUCAAAUGAGGAUGGAUUUGAGAGCUAUGAAGAACUGCCUCAACACAAAAUCACCAAUUUCAGUGUCUAUGACAAGCGUGGUCACCUGUGUCCUUUUGACGCCGGCCUCAUUGAGAAGAAUGUGGAGCUGUACUUCAGCUGUGGUGUCAAGCCCAUUUAUGAUGACAACCCUUGCAUGGAUGGUGGUGUGCCUGCUAAGAAGCUGGGACCCAUUAAUGCUUGGUGGAUCACUGGCUUUGAUGGUGGAGAGAAGGCUCUUAUUGGAUUCACUACAGCCUUUGCUGACUACAUCCUCAUGGACCCCAGUGAGGAGUACUCUCCCAUCUUUGCACUCAUGCAGGAGAAGAUCUACAUGAGCAAGAUUGUAGUGGAGUUCCUGCAGAAGAACCAAGAUUGCACUUAUGAAGACCUUCUCAACAGAAUAGAGACCACAGUGCCCCCUGCUGGCCUUAACUUCAACCGCUUCACGGAGGACACUCUCUUGCGCCAUGCUCAGUUCGUGGUGGAACAGGUGGAGAGCUAUGACGAGGCCGGCGACACUGAUGAGCAGCCCAUCAUCGUCACGCCCUGCAUGAGGGACCUCAUCAAGCUGGCUGGUGUCACCCUCGGCAAGAGCAUGCUGUUGCACUGGAGAGCUGCCAGAAGACAGGCCAUCCGCCACCCCACCAAGAUCGAAAAGGACCUCAAGGGCCCCACCAAAGCCACCACCACCAAGCUGGUCUACCAGAUCUUCGACACCUUCUUCUCGGACCAGAUCGACCAGAACGAUAAAGAGGGUGGCGGGGUGAAAAGGCAGCGCUGUGGCGUGUGUGAGGUGUGCCAGUCCCCAGACUGUGGAAAGUGCUCUGCCUGUAAAGACAUGCUCAAGUUUGGGGGCAGUGGCCGCAGCAAGCAGGCCUGUCAGAAGAGAAGAUGUCCCAAUCUAGCUGUGAAGGAGGCGGAGGAGGAUGAGAACAUCGAGGAGGAGGAUGUUCUGCCCCUGCUGAAGCCCGCCGCCAAGGUCACGUCUCAGUGCAAGAAGAAAAAAAAGAGCCAGAGCAAGAAGUCCUGGGUCGGAGAGCCAGUCAAGGUGGAGGGCAAGAAGAAAUACUACAUGAAGGUGUGUGUGGAUGAUGAGGUGCUGGAGGUGGGAGACUGUGUGUCUGUCAGUCCUGAUGACCCGUCCAGGCCUCUCUUCCUGGCCAGGAUCACAGCCAUGUGGGAGGCGGACGAGAAGAUGUUCCACGCUCACUGGUUCUCCCGUGGUACUGAGACCAUUCUGGGCGAGACCUCAGACCCCCUGGAACUCUUCCUGGUGGAUGAGUGUGAGGACAUGAACCUUAGCUACAUCCACGGAAAGGUCAAUGUGACCUAUAAAGCGCCUUCCGACAACUGGUUCAUGGAGGGUGGUGUGGAGGAGGUGGAGAAUGCAAAGUUCAUCGAGGAUGAUGGUGUGAGCUUCUUCUACCAGCUGUGGUACGAGCAUGACUUUGCCCGUUUCGAGACCCCUCCCAAGGUUACCCCAUCAGAGGACUCUAAAUACAAGUUCUGCGUCAGCUGCACACGGAACGCUGAGCAUGUGGAGCGGCAGACUCCUUGUGCCUUGGAGCCCCUGGACGAUCAGACAAGCGACAACAAAACCUUAUAUGCCAUGGCCUGCCUGAAAGGAGACCAGUUCAGACUGGGAGAUGGUGUCUACCUGCUGCCAGAUUCCUUUGACUUCAGUGUCAAGGCGGCGAGCCCAGUGAAGCGCCCACACAGGAAGGAGGAUGUGGACGAGGAUCUGUACCCAGAGUACUACAGGAAGUCCUCCGACUACAUCAAGGGCUCCAACCUGGACGCACCGGAGCCCUUCCGCAUCGGCCGCAUCAAGGAGAUCUUUUGCACCAAGCGCAGCAACAAGACCAACACAGCAGAGGUCAAGCUGCGCCUCUACAAAUUCUACAGGCCAGAGAACACUCACAAGGGAGCCAAGGCUGGCUACCACACGGACAUCAACCAGUUGUACUGGAGCGAUGAGGAGGUGACCGUGGACAUGUCCGAGGUGCAGGGCCGCUGUCGGGUGGAGUACGGAGAGGACCUGGUUGAGAACCUGCAGGACUACUCCAAUGGAGGUCCUGACCGCUUCUACUUCAUGGAGGCCUACAAUGCAAAGACCAAGAACUUUGAAGAUCCACCCAACCAUGCUCGCUCGGUUGUUAACAAGGGCAAGGGAAAAGGCAAGGGCAAAGGGAAGGGCAAAGGGAAGGCUGUUGCUGCCCAGGAGGCUGCAGACCAGGAGUCUCAGGAGCAGAAGGUCCCCAAGCUGCGCACGCUGGACGUGUUCUCUGGCUGUGGGGGUCUGUCCGAGGGAUUCCACCAGGCCGGUAUCGCUGAGACUGAGUGGGCCAUUGAGAUGUGGGACCCGGCAGCCCAGGCCUUCCGCCUCAACAACCCGGGCACCACUGUAUUCACAGAGGACUGCAACGUGCUGCUCAAGCUGGUCAUGUCUGGGGAGAAGACCAACUCUCUGGGCCAGAAGCUGCCCCAGAAGGGGGACGUGGAGAUGCUGUGCGGGGGGCCUCCGUGCCAAGGCUUCAGCGGGAUGAACCGCUUCAACUCACGCACAUACUCCAAGUUCAAGAACUCCCUGGUGGUGUCCUAUCUGAGUUACUGUGAUUACUACCGGCCCAAGUUCUUCCUGCUGGAGAACGUCAGGAACUUUGUGUCCUUCAAGCGCUCCAUGGUCCUGAAGCUGACACUGCGCUGCCUUGUGGAAAUGGGCUACCAGUGCACAUUUGGAGUACUGCAGGCAGGGCAGUACGGUGUAGCCCAGACGAGGCGUAGGGCCAUCAUCCUGGCUGCUGCCCCAGGGCAGAGGCUUCCUCGCUACCCCGAGCCCUUACACGUUUUUGCCCCACGGGCCUGCUCCCUCAACGUGGUCGUGGGUGAGAAGAAGUUUGUGUCCAACGUCACCAGGGGUAAUGGCGGCAUCUACCGCACAAUCACUGUGCGGGACACCAUGUCUGACCUCCCAGAGAUCCGUAACGGCGCCUCAGCCCUCGAGAUCUCCUACAACGGCGAACCGCAGUCCUGGUUCCAGAGGCAAAUCCGAGGCUCCCAGUACCAGCCCAUCCUCAGGGACCACAUAUGCAAGGACAUGAGUGCGCUGGUGGCAGCCCGCAUGCGCCACAUCCCCCUGGCCCCAGGCUCAGACUGGAGGGACCUACCCAACAAGGAAGUGCGUCUGACCGAUGGGACCACCACCAAGAAGCUGCGCUACUCUCACUCGGACAAGAAGAACGGCAGGAGCAGCACGGGCGCGCUGAGGGGAGUGUGCAGCUGUUCUGGAGGAAAGCCAUGUGACCCAGCCGACAGACAGUUCAACACCCUGAUCCCCUGGUGCCUGCCGCACACGGGCAACCGCCACAACCACUGGGCCGGUCUCUACGGCAGGCUGGAGUGGGACGGCUUCUUCAGCACCACGGUCACCAACCCUGAGCCCAUGGGCAAGCAGGGCCGGGUCCUGCAUCCUGAGCAGCACCGUGUUGUAAGUGUGAGGGAAUGCGCCCGCUCUCAAGGAUUCCCAGAUACCUACCGGUUCUUCGGCAAUGUUUUGGACAAACACAGACAAGUUGGAAACGCUGUGCCUCCUCCACUAUCCAAAGCCAUCGGCCUGGAGAUCAAGAAAUGUGUCUUGGAGACGAUAAAGGAGAAUGCAACAGAACCUGUGAAGCAAGAGAAGAUGGAGAUGGAGGUCUCUGAAUGAAGCUUCUACACCACACCAGGAAUUGUACCAUAAUCAGCUGGACACUGUGGCCUGUAGCCUGGCCGUGCUGCUGCUGCUGGCUCCCCUGUCCCUUUGUGCAGUGCCAUCAAGUGAUGUUUUAUUGUUUUUUUUAAUGUGAUUUUAAAAAAACGUGUAUUUACAAUUUGUCCACUCCAUGCCAGUGUGAUGAACUCUAUGUAGUUUUGUUUUUGUAUGUUGAAAUAUUUCAAAUUAAAGCCCUUAUUAAAUGUUUCAAUUGAAAA